ACAUCUCUUUCCUCGGAGUGUAAAAUCUCAAUGACACGCCUGUUCUACCAUGCUGUGGCAUCAGCAAUGGCGCUUGUUGCCUCGCUGUCGUCGCUCACAACUGCUCAAUAUUCCAAUAGCAGCAGCACGGACGGAGUGACUGCAGGUAUCGAAGAAGAGAACUUCGGCGUGGGGUGCGGUGCCGCCAUUGAGUACCCAAAGUCCACUGACGACUCCACUGCGCAACCACGGUUUGCAUAUUUGGUCACGAACCCGUUGGCGAAUUUCAUCGCGGUGCACUUCAAGCAGUUCAAUUUACCCAAGAGCGACUAUGUCCAAGUGCGUGCAGCGGACCCUGCAGCUCUGGACACUCGCGUGUUGCAAUACCGUGGCAACGAUUCCACGGGCGCUUUCUUCGCUGAUGCGCUGUCGACGUCCUCUGUGAUCGUCGAGCUCUUCACUGAUGCAACCAGCUCGGAGGCCAAUUCAUCCGGAUGCGUCGGAUUUGCGGUGGAUAGCUACCAGUAUCUGGGUCAGGGCUCCACGCUGAAUGGAUCUAAGGAAGAGGUGUGUGGUGCCGACAACAGUCGAGAAGCUCGCUGCUACUCCGGUUACUCUAGAAUGUACCAAGCGUCCAACGCUGUGGUUCGCCUGUUGAUUAAGAAGUCGACGGGCUCUUUCUUCUGUACGGGUUGGCUCAUUGGUAGUGAAGGACACCUUCUGACCAAUCACCACUGCAUUUCGACUCAAGCCCACGCCAGUAACACCGAGUUUGAGUUCAUGGCGCAAGGUUCAAGCUGCAGUGUCAACUGCGCUUAUGCCCGCGCCUGUGUUGGAACCAUUCGAGCUUCGUACUCAACGCUAAUCUACGCCGACGCAGGACUUGACUAUGCUCUCGUCAAGCUGCCUAUCAACUUGUCAGGUCAGUACGGCUACUUGCGCCUUCGUUCCAGCGGAGCUAUCAUGAAUGAACGUGUGUAUGUGCCUCAACACCCGGCUGGUUGGGGCAAGCGUAUCGCGAUGAAGUCUGACAGUGGCUAUGGAACUGUAACGUCCUUGACGAUGGGAGGCUGCGCGAAUAACCAGGUUGCGUACUACCUGGACACCCAGGGCGGUUCAUCAGGAUCCCCCGUCCUUGCUUGGUCGGACAAUUCGGUGGUCGCUCUGCACCACUGCGGUGGGUGCCCGAACACGGCCAUCAACAGCUACAAGCUGAUUAACGACAUGAAGUGGCGCGGUAUCCUCCCUGACAACGCGUGCACGUAA